AUGGAAAAACUAGAAAGCCAGUUACGAAAAGCAAAACAUGAUCUAGAAAGUGCGAAAUCGGCCGUGGAAAGAAUAAAUAACUCUGCAGAUAAAAGAAUCGAGGACAUCAUUCUAAAUGAACAGCCUCACAGAUAUAGUACAUCUUGUGGGCGCAGAAAUUGGCUAAUUUUGAACAAGGAUGUUGCCCUUUUGCAAAGCAAAUUAAAGGGUACUCUCCCAACUCGGAAAAACGUUCUGAGUCUUUUACAUUCGGUUGUAAACAAAGAAUCACAAAUGACACACACGGCUACAUCCUCGGCUACAUCAACUCAAACACGGCGAGAUACUGAUCACAGGAUGGCCCCCCAAAAGAGAGUUCUUGAAGAACAAUUUUCUAUCCAAUUUCCAACAAAGAGACAAAACAGUGCCGCAAGCAGUAACCCUAUAUUUGUACAUAGUCAAGAAAAAGACGAUUUUCGCUUAGCCUUGCAACUACAGCAGGCGGAAAUGGAAUCAACUACCGAAAACGAAAGUUCGAGCACAGCAGUCGAAGUCUUUCAACAUGAUAUUGAUGAAACUCAGGGUGCAACAUUUGACGAAGAAUACCUACAGAUGGAAGCAGAAGCGGCGGCAGCGUUAUUACACCUGCAGAAACGAAAGAGCAAAGAGUAA